CCAAAGAACGUUCCAGGUUGCCCCGCCAUGGUCACAACAUCCAGCGGAGGCCGAGAUAGGAAACGGCACUGAUGAUUGCUAAGUCCUCCAAGAGGAGCAUAAGAGAUAGUUUCCGAUUGGUUCGGGAGGCAUUAUGGCGACCGGCCGUCAACCUCCAACUCGGCAUCCUAUCUUAGGUAGUAGGCCGCCGUAGAAAUGGCAUUUAGUUUAUACGACACAAUGGGCUAUAUGAAAGGUGAUCCCUUGCUAUAGCUUGUCAAUUCCUUCGUAUCUCUUCUCGAAAGGGAAGCCCGCGUUACGAACCCCGAAACGCCGGAGAUAUUUUACCUAAGAUGGGUUCUUUACCGGAGCAUCCCCGGGGCAUCCGUAUCGCGAUCGAUCGUGGCGGCACUUUCACAGACUGCGUCGCCUUCGUUCCGGGACAAGAUGAUAUUUUGAUCAAAUUGCUAUCUGUAGACCCUAGUAACUAUGCCGACGCUCCUGUUGAGGCUAUCCGCCGGGUCUUGGAAAAGGCCACCGGGAAGCCUUACCCAAAGGGACAGAAAAUAUCCCUGAAAGGAGUCGAGUCAAUCAAAAUGGGAACGACAGUUGCAACAAACGCCUUACUAGAGCGAAAAGGAGAGCGUACUGCCUUCGUUGUGACAAAAGGGUUGAAGGAUUUGCUCCACAUCGGAAAUCAAUCCAGGCCAAAGCUUUUCGAUAUGAUGAUAAAUAGACCCGAUGUGCUCUAUUCGAAGGUCAUCGAAGUAUCUGAAAGAGUUACGCUUGAGGCUUGGACCGAGAGGAAAACACCCCUGCCAAUUGACGUGAAGUCAGACCCGGCACUUGUUUCAGGCAUAACAGGAGAACCGGUAAGAAUACUGGAGUCUUUAGAUGUCGAGGCUGCAAGACGAUCUCUUCAAGAGGUAUAUGAUGAAGGGUAUCGCUCUAUUGCGGUCUGUCUUAUGUACAGCUAUACAUUCCGCGAUCAUGAGCUAUCGAUUGGAAAAUUAGCUGAGGAGAUUGGAUUCACACAUAUAUCUCUGAGCUCCGAAUUAUCACCAACGGUCAAGAUUGUACCCAGAGGCAACUCGUCAACUGCUGAUGCUUACCUUACCCCCGAAAUCAAAAGAUACAUCAAUGGUUUCGAAAGCGGCUUUGAAGACCUACGGUUAAGUGGAUGCCGCUGUGAAUUCAUGCAAAGCGACGGUGGCCUUGUGGAGUUUUCGGGUCUCUCGGGAUUGCGGGCUAUCUUGUCUGGACCUGCGGGAGGCUGUGUAGGAUAUGCAAGGACUGCAUAUGAUGAACGAGAUAGAACACCGGUCAUUGGGUUUGACAUGGGCGGUACUAGCACAGACGUUUCCAGAUACGCCGGCAAACUAGAACAGGUGUUUGAAACAACUACGGCGGGUGUUACAGUUCAAAGUCCUCAAUUAGACAUCAACACAGUUGCGGCUGGAGGCGGUAGUAUCUUGAAAUGGGAGGCAGGGAUGAUGAAGGUCGGCCCGGACAGCGCGUCCGCCCAUCCAGGCCCAGCCUGUUAUCGAAAAGGCGGACCACUCACGGUCACUGAUGCCAAUCUCGUCUUGGGUCGCCUUAGGCCGGAAUUUUUCCCAAAGAUCUUUGGCCCGAACGAGGAUCUCCCACUAGACAUUGAGGCCAGCCGACGGCUCUUUGAGGAUCUCACAGUAGAGGUCAAUAAGGAGAGCGCUGUUGAGCUAACUCUGGAACAGGUCGCUGCAGGAUUCCUUGAUGUAGCAAAUGAAGCCAUGUGUCGGCCAAUCCGAAUUCUAACCGAAGCUAAGGGAUAUGACGCCGGACUCCAUAACCUUGCCUCUUUUGGCGGCGCCGGUGGCCAACAUGCUUGCGAUAUUGCGAAGAAGCUGGGGAUUUCUCGUGUGCUUAUCCAUAAGUACUCAUCCGUGUUGUCUGCGUACGGCAUGGCCCUCGCAGAUGUUGUUCACGAGGAGCGUAGCCCUUCCGCUUUAAUAUUUUCCGAAGAUCAGCUCGGUACCUUCGCCAGUGAACUCGACAACCUACAAGCAAAGUCGAUGAAGGCACUAUUAGGUCAACAAAUAGCUGAGUCUAGGAUUACCUCGGAGAGAUACCUCAAUAUGCGAUUCCAAGGAAGCGACACGCCUUUAAUGAUUCAAGAAAUCCCAGGUACAAGCUUCUUAACUUCUUUCAAGGAUGCGCAUCAAAAGGAGUUCGGAUUCUUGCCAGUCGGACGAGACGUGAUCGUUGAUGAUUAUCGUGUUCGGUCUAUUGGCGCUAGCGGCCCCGAGAUGCCUACCCCAUGGACAACCGAACUUACCACGGCGAAGGGAAGCGAAGUAAUAGACGCCAAGAUUUUCGAGGAAGUAUACUUCAAGGAGUUGGGAUGGCAUAAAACACAAAUUCACAGACUCAAUACGUUAACACCUGGCUGCAAGAUCAACGGUCCUGCGCUCAUCAUUGAUAACACGCAGACACUCGUCGUCACACCUGGCUCAAUAGCGACUAUCCUUUCUAAUACGAUAGUAAUAGAUAUCGAGACCGGAAGGAAAGAGCUCUUAUCAUCAAAAACAGUUGAUCCCAUCCAACUAUCCAUUUUCGGCCAUAGGUUUAUGGGUGUCGCCGAGCAAAUGGGCCGCGCUCUACAGAAAACGAGUGUGAGCACUAAUAUUAAGGAACGUCUCGAUUUUUCCUGUACUGUCUUCUCACCCGAUGGCGGGCUUGUGGCAAACGCUCCUCACGUCCCUGCAAUGAUUGGAAGCAUGGCGUUUGCCGUUAAAUGGCAAAUUGACCAUUGGAAAGGCGAUCUUCGUCCCGGCGACGUGAUUCUGUCUAAUUCUCCAGUAUGCGGCGGUACACAUUUACCUGACCUUACGGUAAUUACCCCUAUUUUUGACGCCGAGGGGAAGAAUAUCAUAUUUUGGACUGCGUCUCGCGGUCAUCACGCGGAUGUUGGUGGUAUACUCCCCGGAUCUAUGCCGCCUAACUCAAAAGAACUCUGGGAAGAAGGUGCCGUCAUGAGGGCUUUUAAAGUAGUCGAAGGAGGCAAAUUCAAAGAAGAAGAAUUGAUUAAAUUACUUAUGGAACCUGCGAAGUAUCCGGGUUGCCAAGGGACGAGGUGUCUUCGCGAUAAUAUCUCAGACAUUAAAGCACAAGCUGCCGCAAACCACCGCGGCAGUCAACUCAUUCACUCGCUCAUUGCCGAUUAUGGGCUAGAGGUUGUUCAAUUUUAUAUGGAGGAAAUUCAAGGAGCUGCUGAGCUCGCUGUACGAGAUAUGCUGAAGAGGAUAGCGAAAAUGACUAAUGGGAAACCACUCGAGGCUAUUGAUUACAUGGAUGAUGGCACCGCGAUCCAGCUUAGAGUCGAUAUAAACGCUGAAACAGGAGGUGCAAUUUUCGAUUUUGAGGGAACUGGUCCAGAGGUCUACGGAAACUGGAAUGCACCUCUAGCAAUCUGCCACUCCUCAAUCAUAUUUGCCCUGCGGUGCAUGGUUAAUAUGGAAAUACCGCUCAAUCAAGGAGCCAUCCGUCCCAUUGACGUGCGGAUCCCGGAGGCUUCAUUAUUGCAGCCAACUGAAGACGCAGCUGUUUGCGCCGGUAAUGUGCUAACAUCACAACGUGUUGUCGACGUCAUCUUCCGGGCAUUUUCGGCUGCGGCGGCCAGUCAGGGCUGCAUGAACAAUCUGACAUUCGGCAUUGACGGCGAUGAAGAUACCAGCUUCGGAUACUACGAGACUAUUUGCGGCGGUGCUGGCGGUGGCCCUACAUGGGACGGCGCGAGCGGUGUUCAUACCAACAUGACUAAUACUCGAAUUACUGAUCCCGAGAUCUUGGAACGCCGGUACCCAGUUAUCCUUAGACGCUUUUGCCUACGUGAAGGUAGUGGUGGUGCUGGCUUACAUCCCGGAGGCGAUGGAAUUAUCCGAGAUAUCGAGUUCUGCCUACCAAUCAAAGUAUCAAUCUUAAGCGAAAGACGAGCUUUUGCGCCAUACGGUCUAGAAGGCGGAGAAGACGCAAAGAGGGGUCAGAAUGUUUGGGUUAAGAAGAAUGGCCGGACGAUUAAUCUAGGAGGUAAGAAUACGGCUAUGAUGGGAGCUGGGGAUAGAAUAGUGGUCAUGUCGCCCGGAGGUGGUGGGUGGGGAAAGCCGCAGCAGGUUAAUGGCUUGGAUGGAGGUUCUAUCGUGCAGAAGGUUGUGAAGUCGUUUGUGGGUGUCGCGAAUGGGACGGUGGAUAUGAUACAAUCUAUGGGGGAGUCUGCUUGAUUCUUUAUUGCUAGGUACUUUUUAGCAUAUUUUAUAGCAUUUACAUUCUGUCGUGUUUUGCCUCCUGCUGGGAUACUCUUCUUACGAGAGGUAGUCAAGUUGUAGGUAUAGCCGCACAAGUCAGUGAGAGGUCACUAUAAAUCUGGAGAUUAGCGCUUGGGGCUGCUGUAGAUAUAGUGGUUCAGCUUCAUGGUUUGGGGUAGGCGUAGGAACAAGUAUACCAAAUCGUAUAGAAACACGCCGAUAAAUAAAUAUAAUAUUGGAU